UCGGCUUUUAGUCAAUUCCUAGCUUCCUAAAACCCUAAACACAUUCCCCGCCAUCAUUCUUUGGUUACUUUUCUUCUUACUGCACUCACCCAUGGCAGACUCAAAAGACGCCGGCGAAGAAGCCCUACGGCGUCUUAUAGCAACAUUCCAACCUUCACUCCUUGCACCCAACCCCGCCCUCUCGGAAACUGCUCGUGCGGCGUCGCGCCACCUCUUCUCCGCCCUCAGACCUUUCUGUCCGAAAUCGCCGCUCGAUCAGCUCCUCAUCGAUGGUUUCGACGCCGAACAGAUAUGGCAGCAGAUCGAUCUCCAAUCGCAGCCUCUUCUGUCCUCCCUCCGCCGCCAGGUGAAGCACUUUGCCAAAAAUCCUGAGGAGAUUUCGAAGCUGAAGGUUCCUUUGGGGAAGAAAGUGGAGAAGGAGCAACGAGAGGAUUGGGUGGAGGAAAGCGACGGUUUUGAUGAGGAAUUGGAGGAUGAUGAAGAAGGUGAGGGGAAGGGAGGAGAAGAGGGGAUGGAUAUCGAGGAUGAAGACGAAGAGCAGGGUCGAGAGAGUGACAAUGAAGAAGAGAGCGAGGGGGAGGAUGAGGAGGAGAAAGGUGAAGAUGGUGAAGCUGGUGAUGGUAGAAUUGAGGAUAAGUUCUUGAAGAUAGAUGAAUUGGCUAAGUACCUAGAGAAGGAGGAGGAGAAUUUUGAGAAAGCCGAGGAAGACACGAGAGGUAAGAAGGGUGCUGAUGAUGAGGAAAACACUGAAGAUGAUGAUGAUGGCGAGGAGGAGGAGGAGGAGGAGGAGGAAAGUGAUGAGGAUGCUGAGUUUGGAUUUGGCGACGAAGAUGCAGCAGGGGACAUGGAAAAUGCAAGGUAUGAAGACUUCUUUGGAGAUAAGGGAAAAUACUCAAAAAAAAUGAAAGCUCAAUUGCAUCAGGAAUCUGAAGGUUCCGAUGAGGAAGAUGAUGAUAUGGAAUUUAAGAAACAAAAUAAAGGGACUGCUUCUACUCAUCAAAAGCAACUGGAGAAAAUUCAUUCGAAGAUAGAGCAGAUGGAGAAAGCUAACUUAGAGCCGAAAACCUGGACUAUGCAGGGUGAGGUAACUGCUGCAAAGAGACCCAAGAAUAGUGCAUUGGAGGUUGAUCUAGACUUUGAGCAUAAUGUCAGACCUGCUCCUGUAAUCACUGAGGAGGUUACAGCUUCAAUUGAGGAUAUGAUCAAGAAAAGGAUCACUGAGGGGAAUUUUAAUGAUGUCCAAAGAGCUCCUAAAUUGCCAUCUAAAGUGCCACGGGAAGUUAAAGAAUUGGAUGACACUAAAAGCAAGAAGGGUCUUGCAGAAAUUUAUGAGCAAGAGUAUGUUGAGAAGGAGGACCCCACUUCUGCACCAUUGUCAUUCAGAGAUGAACAGAAGCAACAGGCAAGCGUAUUAUUCAAGAAACUUGGACUGAAAUUGGACGCCCUUGCUCAUUUCAGUUUUGCUCCAAAACCGGUUAUAGAGGACAUGUCUGUUCAAAUUAAUGUGCCUGCUCUGGCAAUGGAAGAAAUUGCACCUGUGGCUGUCUCAGAUGCAGCUAUGCUGGCUCCGGAGGAGGUGUUUGAAGGCAAAGGUGAUAUUAAGGAAGAAACAGAGCUUACAAAGGAAGAGAGGAAGAGAAGGAGAGCUAAUAAGAAAAGAAGAUUUAAAGCUGCAGCAGUAAAAAGAAUGGGAAAGAAAGUGCAAGAGGGUGCAUUGCCUAACCAAAUGAAUGGCUAAGAACAACACAGUAUUUUAUUUGAUUUAUUUGCUGAAGCUGCACAACUGACAAACACAAGUUCAGGGGGACCCUGUGGUGGGUGAAGUAGAGACACUGGUGGCUUUUUGAUGUCAACCAUGACAAAUGAGCAAAACUUGUCGUUGCAGUGGGCAGAUGAAGAGCGCUAUGCGGCUGCCAUUUCCGUUGUUUCCGUUGUUCCUUUAGUUAUUUGUUGAUAUUUACGAAUUUGGUUAGGUUUUUCUGUAUGUACGGUUACUUAAUGUUAUUACAGUCCACUUACACAUCCAAAUGUUUUUGGUAACCAAGUCCAAUCAAGUUGGCCCAAAUUUAACAAAAACUACUUUCAUUACA